UUCAAAAACGUUUCUGAAUACGCAAGACGGCAAAUAAUGACACUAAAUGGAGGAUUAUUAAAGAAAAAGUGGAUCAUUUUAUUGAACGUGGAGUAUGAACGUAAUAGUUUCACCACCAGAAGGAGUCAACCCAAGCUGAACUGCCUGAAAAAGUCGCAUUACUAUGAAGAAUAAAAGUAAAACCAAGGAGUAUUGUCUGUGAUCUGAUGACCAUGAGACGGAGCCCGAGGAGACCCCUGAUUCUCCGAAGAAGAAAGUUGCCUUUCCAGCAAAAUGACCAGCCCACAGCAGAACCACAGAGUCAACCUGCUGCAUCGUGCUCCAAAGAACCUUCUGAACAAGACGCUGGUCAGUCCUUUACUGAUGGCAUCCGCAUUAUGGAUCACCCCACCCUGUCCGACACACAGGUGGUCUUAAUUCCCAAAACAGCAGACCUACAGAGCGUCAUCGGGGCCCUCACUGCAAAAGGCAAAGAGUGCGGCGCCCAGGGACGAAACAAGUUCAUCCUCCUCAGUGAAAGUGGCAGCGGGGACAAUGGAUCUGUUUGUCAGCCUUCUGUGAUUGACACCUCUGCAGGGACCGUUGGACAACCAGUGAAGGCAGAGCCGAUGCAUGAUUCCCCGGAUGUUAAACCUCUCACUGCAGCCAAGCUUUUGAAUAAGGACCUGGAAUGUGGACCGUUAGAUAACAGCCUCACCAAUAUCCAGUGGCUGGGCAAAAUGAGCACACUUGAAACAGAUCCAGCGAAGCAGAUGGAGAACAAGGAAAACCAAAGUCCACAGGUGCCAAAUCUUCAAAUGGAUACAGAGCCAGGUCAACACCCCCUGUCAGAGAGGCCUCCAUACUCUUAUAUGGCCAUGAUUCAGUUUGCCAUCAACAGCAGGAAAACCAGGAGGAUGACGCUGAAGGAGAUUUACAUGUGGAUCGAGGAUCACUUCCCUUACUUCAGAGAAGUGGCCAAACCAGGAUGGAAGAAUUCAAUUCGUCACAACCUUUCUCUACAUGACAUGUUCAUUCGUGACACCUCACCAGAUGGUAAACUUUCUUAUUGGACCAUCCGUCCUGAAGCGAAUCGAUGUCUAACUCUGGAUCAGGUGUACAGGCCUGGUUUUGACCCGAUGACUGCUCCUGUCCCUGUGCCUAUGCUUUUAUUGUCCAACCAACAACACAGGAGGAUUCUUCCUGACAUAAAGAAACCAAGUGGAUCUGAGAGAAGAAUAAAACCUCUUCUCCCUCGGACUGAGUCCUACUUGAUUCCUGUCCAGCUUCCCGUCACCUCCUCCGUGUACAUGCCGUCCCCUCAGACCCAGUUUCCCCCCUACAGCUCGCAACAGAAACAGAUCGCUUCACGAGGGGUUAAGAGAGUACGGAUCGCUCCAAAGGUGACCCAAAGUGACACCCCAGCUGUGGUGAUGUAUCCUCAGAACAACAACGACCCAAAGGUGAAGGAGGAGCCGGUUUGUGUUCCAAUCAAAUGUGAGACUCCCAAGUCCCUUACUCCUAAACCCCUCCCGAAAAGGCAGGUCAGCGGCUCCCGGCGUAAACAGCGCCUGGUUCACUCCCUAAGCGAGGAGCCUGUCCUUCUCUGCCCUGAGAACACAUUCUUUGACUCUGGCGUCGUCUCUGAUGCGUCCACUUUCCACGACUUGCCAGACGCUGAGCUGAAGAACAGCCCAGAUCGCGAGUUCUCCUUUAAGACCCCCAUAAAAAGUAGCAACCACCUGACCUCCUCCACACCCAGCAAACCCCCAUGUAGCGUCGCCCCUGAGCCUUGGAAGGUGACACCUGUAGGCAAAGGCAGCCAGAAUGUUCUGGACUUCAGCCCCAUUCGCACUCCAGGCGGUCCAGCAGUCACACCCCGGCACGAGUACACCACCUUCAGCUUCAACAGCACCCCCUUCAAAGACUGGCAGCUGUUCAACUCCCCACGAGAGCUGCUCAACGGCGCCCCCUCCAAAGCAACAGCGCUCACAGACUCUCCCAUCGAGUGUAUCAGAAGCAGCUGCUCCAGAGAACUGCUGCAGGCGGGAGGAUCCACACCGGCCAACCGCUCCAUCACAGAGGGCUUGGUGUUGGAUACUAUGAAUGACAGCCUGAGCAAAAUCCUGGUGGACAUCAGCUUCUCCUGUAUGGAUGACGAGGACCUGGGGACGGCCAAUAUCAGCUGGUCCGAGUUUAUCCCACAGUUUAAGUAGCCUAAUG